UAUAGGUGUAUCUUUAUACACGAGUAAUAGAUAUCGAUCGAUAACUUUCGUAACGAAUAUUUUAAAGCGUUUAUCGAUAACAUCACGAACAGCGAAAACGAAAGUAGGACUAUCAAAGUGACUUCAAACGAAGAUGUAGAAUGUAACGGACUGUUUCGAAGGUUUAUUUCGGAUUUACUAAACAAAAAUACAAUCGCAGAAAAUAUGUGAUGGGUGUAUAAUGACUUACAGGGUUUUCCGAUCUAAGAGGAAAAACGUCACAACGUCUAAAAUAACAUACACAACACUUUAAAACAACAACGCGUGUAUGAUAGGGCGGCGAAAUUCUUCGCCUUAAAGUGUCAACAGAAACUUGAUUGGAUUUUGUGCAACUUUAACCAUGACCACAUACGAUCAUCUGGAUGAAGGUACACUGGAUUCGCGGGUGAGAAUGUGGCGGCCAGCUAUAGAGUACUGCUUUAAGAAGUCGGAUGUGGUCACUAAACUAGCACAACAUGGGCUGUUGAAUGCAGAAGAGACUGCCAGAUUAAUUGAACUGUACGACCUAAAGCCUUCCCAAGACGCAGCAAGUGAAAUGUUAAAUAUUUUGUUCAAGAAACGUGCUCUGGCGAGAAAAUGGAAUAUAUUUGUUGAUGCCAUUAGGGAAGCAGGUUACGAUUUUGCGGUGUCUCGCCUGAUAAACGAAAGUGUUGAAAUUCCUGAGGAGAGAGAACGAGGAAGGCAACUCCUUUUGUUGUUUGGACCGCACUUAGAAAGAGAUAUAAACCCUUUGCUUCUUAUAACACGACUGCUAGCUAGCAGCGUUAUCAAGGACGAAGACGCAGAUAAAAUAAAAAAUACAACUCAAACAAAGUCCAAAAGAGAAGGAAUGAGAAUUUUAUUGCAGCGCAUCCAGUGUUACAUGGAACCACACAGGUGGUGGGAAGAGUUUCUAAAAGUAUUGUGGGAAACUAACUUUGAGCACAUGGCACUGUUAUUGGAACCUGAAUAUAACCCUUCGUCGAAUAAAUUAGGGCCUAUAGAUGAAGCCGCAUGCAUCACAGGUCCUGCUGCUAUGGAAGAACACGUUAUGGAAGACCAGGUAGAUGCAGAGCCUGACAAUGACUUAAAUGCUCCUCCUGUACCAGCUCGAUCGUAUUCGUUAGGGGCAUUUGAAGACAAUGAGUCGACAUAUACAGGGCGGAAUACUGGGGCAAUGACCAGCACCGCUGAUGACAUAAAUACUCUUAAUGAGAAUUUAAAAGAACUCAACAUUAAACCGGAAAGAUUUAAAUUUGUAGAUGACGCUGCACGUGAAUCUGAUGCGGAUUCUGUUGAAUCAAAUGAAUGGGAUUCCGAAAAUGGCGGAAGCGACUUCGAUGAAUUCGAUGAAAAGCAAGAAGGAUUUGAAAACAAUGAAACCUUACAUACAAGAGAGGCUACUGGAGCCUUGACCAAAGGAUUAAAUCAACGGAAUAAGCGGACUUACGAGCCUCGUGAUUAUCAGCUGGAAUUAGCAGAGAAGGCUCUACGUGGUAAAAAUACUAUCAUUUGUGCGGAAACUGGAACAGGAAAGACCUGGGUAGCGCUGCAUGUGAUCGAGCAGCAUCUACAGCAGACUUCUAAAAGAACAAGAAAGGUUGCGUUUAUGGCUAGGACGGGUAUCCUAAUCAAACAACAAUACAACAGGUUGGAGAAGUUUCUUCCCCGUCAUAAUACCAAGCUUAUAACGGGAGAUGACGAAGAUUCAAGAAUGGUCGACGCUUUCAUCCCCACGAACGACAUCAUUUGUUUCACGCCACAAAUAUUGGUCAACAAUCUUGAUAGUGGUAACAUUACCAGCCUUUCCAAAUUCUCUCUCCUUAUAUUCGACGAAUGCCAUCACACUCGAGGGGACGAUCCUUACGCGAAACUUGCGAGAAGAUAUUUAAUAGAAAAAAGUAAUGGACAAAAGGAGCUCCCACAGAUUGUUGGCCUUACGGCUUCCAUUGGAGUUGGUAGGUCUAGGACGGUGGAAGAAACUGUCGACUACAUUCUCCGCGUGUGUGCAUUGCUGGAUGUUAGGCCACCGCUGUCUACCGUGGAGAGAUGUAGAGAGAGUUUCAGGAAAUGGGUGAACACGCCGGAAGAGGAAACCAUCAAAAUGAUCGUAAAAAAUCCUGACCUAUGCAGGGACAUUUUAUUAGCAGCCAUGGAGGAUGCAGAAGCACUUCUAGAAGAAAUGAUGGUUUUUCAACCCGAUAUGAUCGACAUGCUGUACGAAAAGCGCCCUGGUGAAAGAGAUAGUCAGGCUUAUAACAAAUGGACAGUGGAUAUUGAAAAGAGCGCCCAACAAAAUGUAAAUGAUCAUCAGAUAUCACGAGAUAUCAGUGCGUGCGCAGUUUAUUUGAACGUAUACAAUUCUGCAAUUGAAGUUAGUAAUCUUCUUCAAAUCGCACAAGUAGCCAGGUAUCUGGCUGAGAAGCAACGGCGUGAAUCGGAGGGAAGGCAGAAACAUACAGAAACGGAAAAGAAGUUGUUUGAACAUUUAACGGAGGUUCAACUGAAGCUAUUAAAAUUGAGGAAUGACAAAGAUGCCGCAAAUCCAAAUGUACUGAUAGUAAGCGAGCAGCUUCAAAAAAUGUUGCAAGAAAAAGGAGAGGAUUCACGUGCGAUAGUUUUUGUGAAGUCCAGAGCAACAUGCCGCGCGCUUGCAGAAUUUUUGGAUAAUGAUCUUAAAAAAAUUGGGGCUAAAGCUAGUCCAUUGUAUGGACAACAAACAAAAGGAGCAGAUGAAGGUAUGACUGAAAGUGUUCAGACUGAAAUCUUAAAGAAAUUCAGAGACGGAUUCUUCAAGGUAAUGGUAUGUACCUCAGUUGGUGCAGAGGGUAUCGACGUCCCGGACUGUAACAUUGUCCUUAACUACAAUUAUGCCGGGGAUGAAAUCACCAAGAUUCAGAUGAAAGGGCGCGGUAGAAAAAAAGGGGCAGCAGUAGUCGUAAUGGGGGAUGAUAAACUGUUAGAACAAGAAAAGGUCAACGCUUACAAAGCAGACAUGAUGUACAAAGCCAUUGGAGAGUUGAAGAAAGUCGGUGCACAAGAUGUCGAUUAUAAGAUAAAGAUGUUUCAAAAAGAGGAAAUGCAAAAGCACAGAUACAAAACUGAGUACGAAAAGGCAAAGAAAGGUCGAAGAGCAGAGGAUGACCUUGAAAUUAUGUGUAAGCGAUGCAACACCAUUGCAUGUUUGGCGUCAGAUGUACGAAAGCUUGGAAGCCAACAUUUUGUGUUAGCUGAAGAGUUUUCAUCAAAGGUUACGAUUACGCCGCACAAAAGUCCAAAAAAAUACGAUGGCAUUGAAAAGAAAGGGAAGAUGCAUUGUAAACAGUGCCCCUUGGACUGGGGCAUAGUAGCUGAUCGCAACGGUGACGAUUUAUUUAUCCUGAAACUAGAACAUUUAAAGUUGCGAAACAUGCGAACCGGUGUCGUUUCGCGACACAAAAAGUGGCUAGAUGUCCCAUAUGAAGUGCAAGAGGUAGGACUGGACGAUAUCCCUACACUUGUCGCUGCAGCUAGCACAUCUGCUAAGUAAACUGUACAUUCGGUAAAUGCAAUGUUUAGCGUGUAUUUUUUGUUGCAAGUUUGAAUACGUUGAUACAAAUGUAUUUUUGAUAAUGAAAAUAGUUCACCUGAUACAAACUUUUGCGUGAUGAAAGAAACAUGUGAUUAUGUUAUAAUUCUAAGAAACGUAGUAUCAAUUGUGAUCAAAAGUGAUCUAACUGUGUAAGUCACAAUAUUUGAAACACAAGCGCGACUGUAUUCAAAGUACUGUUCGAAGGGGGAUUGUAACAUCUAUUCACAGCAAAUGUAAUCAAAACGCACUCAGACGCAAUGGAACAUAUAACGUAUAAAGAAGACAGAGAGAGUAAAAACGGAAACGGUGCACUGUGGAAUAAAUCAAUACGAUAAGUUUGGAUAUGUAUGCAUCGACAUUAGUAAUGUGUAACCUUAACCAUUUGUCUACAUAUACACGAGUGUCAGAGACGAAUGCUAUGUUUGUGGUUGAAACAGCUUGCUAUGUUAUAUUUCUUGUAAUAUGUGUAAUAGAAUAACUAGAUUAGUAUAUAAUAUAUUUUUGUUAUAGAUUGUUGUAUAUAUUUGUUUUUAUAAACAUUAUGUGAUAAUUGAAUUGAUGUCGUCGAGUUCGUUUGCUUUGUAUCGAAAGGUGGAAUAUUUAAUUAUAUUGUCUCUGUGAUAAGCAUAUUAAACUUUGCUAGAAUUUCCAAGUUAAUUAAUAUAACAUAUCAAUACGUAGUAGCGUAUGUGAAACUGCACUGAAAGCCUUUUUUAAACAACAAACUAAUGGGUUUCUAACCAAUACAAUACACAACAUACAAUUCUGUGUUUAAUGGAUCUCUUUACUAUUUAUAUUUCAGUUGUCGUUAACGCGAUGCCGAAUGUUAUCCCUUGGUAAAGCAAUACGAACAAAAUGUGUAUACUCCGUAUGUACUUAACGUCGCUUUUAUCAAUUAAUUCGUAUUAAGCGAUUUAGAACAUAAACAUUAUUCAAUGAAUUUCUUACCAAAUAGUUGUGAUUUAAUACAAUUCAUUGAUUAA